AUGGGUAUCUGCGGCAGCAAAGAGAAAGCGGGCGAGUCGACCGAAAUGGCGCGGCCCUCACAGUCACAAAACGCAGCAUCAAUCGCGCAAACCCAGCAAAACAUUCCCGUCGCCAAUGAAGGUCCCACCGUAAAACCGCGCAGGUCCCCCGACAACCCCAUCGUGUACUUCGACAUUGCGAUUGGCGGCAAGCCAGCCGGCCGCGUGCAAAUGGAACUCUUCCUCGACGUUGUACCUGCGACAUCAGAGAACUUCCGCCAGUUCUGCACAGGCGAGGCGAAGCGCGGCGGCGGGUACAAGGGCAGCACUUUCCACCGCGUUAUUCCCAACUUUAUGAUUCAGGGAGGCGAUUUCAUGAAUGGGGAUGGUACGGGGAGUGCGAGUAUCUUUGGGGGCGAUUCGUUCGACGACGAGAACUUUGAGCUAAGGCAUACGCAUCCUGGGCUGUUGAGUAUGGCGAACUCUGGGCCCAACACCAAUGGUUCUCAGUUCUUCAUUCUGACUGCUGCGACGCCGCAUCUUGAUCGCAAGCACGUCGUAUUCGGGGAGGUGUUGGAUGGUAUGGAUGUUAUAAGGAAGAUCGAGGCGACAAGGACUGGCCCCGGUGACAAGCCAUUGAGCGAUGUCGUUAUCGCUGGAUCAGGGCAGUUGUCAGGCGCAAAGCCAUUGGCUUAA